GCUUCUGAGAGGGAAGCAGGACACUUGCCGUGGGAGAGAGAGCAACCAGAGGACGGAGAGAGAGUGGACGCCGCACCGGACAAACAAAACAGAUCACUUUCACUCGACACACAACAUCCCAACAUGGCUUCAAAGUGUCCCAAGUGUGAUAAGACGGUGUAUUUCGCUGAAAAGGUGUCAUCACUGGGGAAAGACUGGCACAAGUUGUGUCUCAAGUGCGACCGCUGCAACAAGCUUCUUAAUGCGGGAGGCCACGCUGAGCAUGAUGGAAGGCCCUACUGCCACAAACCGUGCUAUGCUGCCCUCUUUGGGCCAAAAGGUGUGAACAUUGGUGGAGCAGGCUCUUAUGUGUAUGACACUCCAGCCAACAGCAAUGCUACUGGUGUGGAUUCAGCCAGCAAGGCUGAGGAGAAGCGUGUGUACGCACCGAAGGCACCUUCGAAAGCUGGCAGCAUCACCACUUUUUCCGGAGAGGCCAACCUGUGUCCCCGCUGCAACAAGAAGGUGUAUUUUGCUGAGAAGGUGACAUCACUGGGCAAGGACUGGCAUCGACCCUGUCUGCGCUGUGAGAGGUGCAGCAAGACUCUAUCUGCUGGCAGCCACGCAGAGCAUGACGGCCAGCCCUACUGCCACAAGCCCUGCUAUGCCGUUCUCUUCGGGCCCAAAGGCGUGAACACUGGUGGUGUGGGCAGCUACAUCUAUGACAAGGAGCCCAGUGCAGUGACCCAGCCUUGAACCUUUGUCCCCUCAGCCUCAUCCCUCUUCUCUGCACAACACUGACCAUCAACCACAGUAUUAUUAUUUGUAGUCUUUUUUUUUUUUUUUUCUUCUUUUCCCCACCUGUGUGUUCAUACCUGAGACGACCAGCCUUCUGCUCCAGACCCCCACCCCCCCACCCCAUCUAUGCUGACCCGCUCCCAGCAGCUCAGAUGAAAUCAUUGAUUACAGAUGCUGCCUAGACAUGUGAUGUAUACUGUAUAUAUUUGCUCCAGGACGUCCCUCCCACAUGAUCGACUCUAUUCAUUAAAGAAUUUCAACUAUUUGUUUGUAAGUCAACACUUUAAGUGUCACUACAGUAAAACAUUAAGGUCUUAUAAUUCAAUUUUGCACCUAGAGAACAGUGAGAGGAUGUUUUGACAUAUUGUAUGUUAAAAAAAAUAAAUAAAUCAGAUGGAAAGUGAAUCUCAGGUUUGGAAAGGUGCGUUGUGCGGACAGCCAGAGGAAUUUCACCUCGGAGGCUGCUGCAUGCACAGGUGGUGCUCAGGAGGACCGUGUUGCCAAUACUAAAAAAGAAAAUAAUAAUAAUCUGCUGCCUGACAACAUUCCUUGUAUGAAAAAAGUGAGAUUUUGUUUAAAAAAAAAAAAAAAGUCAGAACACAUUGUAUAAAAAGGUGAGAACGUGGAUCUCUGAGGCGACUGUUGCAUGAUUUUCAACAUCCAUGAGGCUGUAUUGAGACUUUGUACUUUUGAGCAUAUAUUAAUAACUACUUUUAUGGCAGAAUCUGGAUUAUAAAAUAUGUUGCGCUAAUAAAUAACAUUUUGUCCCAGUUGUUUUAUACAGUACAAUACUAUUUUUGAAGCGUGGCAGAAUGUGGGUGAAGUUUUGGGAAGGUUGGGCUGUGAUUUGCCAGGGGGAGAAACAUGUAUUUAUUACUUCAAAUCAAGUCCUUUAAAUUUCAUUAGCCACUGUACUACUACCCUUUACGGGACUGAUUAUGAACGAGGUCAAAUGAGGUGAUGUAAGCUGUACAAUUCUCUACGAUCAAGAUUUUUAUUAUUUUCUAAUAAAUAACCCUGCUGUUAUUUUCCAAGAGAUGAUGCGCUAUUCGAAGUAUUAUAUUUUUUUGCCAUUAGCAGAAACAGUAGCUUAGCUUGUAGAAAGAGACGAGACACUGCAGACAAGUCAUUCUGUAAGAAUGUGCAUCUAGUAUUAUUGUAUGAUUGUUACUGUGUUUGUUCAUUACCUGUCGUACAUGGUAGGGCCUUGUAGACACUGCAGGGCUCACUGUUUGUAGAACUGAGACGCUGCACUUCAGCCCUGCUGUAUUCGUCUUUUUAAUCCCUCGAAUAAAUAUUUCACCAACUUUUCUUCUGUUACACUACGAUUAUUGUUUGGCAGAUUAUGAACUCCUCUCUCUGUUUAUGAAUUGCAAUAAACAAACAUUACAUGUGG